AUGCUCAAAGAUCCCUGGAAAGAGAACUACGUGGCAACGCUGAUUCUUGAAAGCGGUAAAAACUGCACGGAUGCGCACUUGACAGUUGGUGCUUACGGCGAUGAAGAUAUUCAUUUCUUGCUCGACUUCGACAUGGCUUAUCUGGGCGCAGACGAGGCGCUGUAUGAGAAGUACCGCAAAGAUAUCAGAAGAGAGUCGGCGCAUCUGAAUGAUGACGAUUACCGGCAGCAAAGAUUAAAGGUGCUGACGUUAUUUAUGCAGAUUCCGAAUAUUUACGCCACCAAGCAGCUCAGGGAGCGCUUCGAGGCGCAGGCUCGUCAAAAUAUUGCUAAAGAAAUCACCGAGCUAUCUAAGUAG